CGGCCCCGCCGGCCGGGGCGCGGGGGGAGCGCGGCGGGGAUGGGAGGAGGAAAUCCUGUGAAUGUCAUCGCGGGCCGGCGGGGGAGCGCGGCUGCAGACAAGGCUCCGCGGGCAGACACCCUGUGCGCGGCCGGCGGGGGCAGAGCCCACCAUCGGCACGCCACAAAGGAACCGGCCCUGCCAAUGUCAUCGGCCAUCGAGAGGAAAAGCCUCGAUCCUUCCGAGGAACCGGUGGAUGAAGUCCUGCAGAUCCCACCGUCUCUGCUGACAUGUGGAGGGUGCCAGCAGAACAUCGGGGACCGCUAUUUCCUGAAGGCCAUCGACCAGUACUGGCACGAGGACUGCCUGAGCUGCGACCUGUGCGGCUGCAGGCUGGGAGAGGUGGGGAGACGCCUCUACUACAAACUGGGCAGAAAGCUCUGCAGGAGGGACUACCUCAGGCUCUUUGGGCAGGACGGGCUCUGUGCCUCCUGCGACAAGAGAAUCCGGGCCUAUGAGAUGACCAUGAGGGUGAAGGACAAGGUGUAUCACCUGGAGUGCUUCAAAUGCGCUGCCUGCCAGAAACACUUCUGUGUGGGGGACAGGUACCUGCUCAUCAACUCAGACAUAGUGUGCGAACAGGACAUCUACGAGUGGACUAAGAUCAACGGGAUGAUCUAGCAGGGAGCGCCUCGGAGUCUGCCACGGACACCUCCCAGGCCACGCCGUGCCCGGAUCCACAGGGGAGCUGUGGAAUUUAAAAGGGGGGAAGCCCCACGGAGCGGGCCCUUUGCAGGCAGUGCCAGUAGAAUGUAAACUGCACACGGGGAAGCAGGGAGAGCAAAGCAAUAGUGGGUAGAGUGGCUUGUGAUGACCGCACGGACACCGAGUGACAUCAGCCACGGGGACAAACACAGCUCCAUCACCAACCCUCCCAGCUGGGACAGAGUGGGGACUUCUGUAAAGAGAUGUUAUGAUGUCAUCACCUGCAGACUAGGAUUGUGCAAUUAAAUCUUCUUUUUGUCUUGUUUCAAUGAAUUCAGUUUAGAGGACAGCUCCCAGAGUAGGUGUGAGGAGGAAUACUGGAAGGAAAGAACGUGGUCAGUCCACAUGGCCUUCCAGUUUGGAAGGGAGAGAAAGCAGGAAGAGGGUGGGGUUAUUUUUGCAUGGAUUUUUUUUUUCCCUUUGGGAAUGAACACUGCAUCCUCCAGUCCCAGACUCUUCUUUUAAAAAAAUCCUGCUGAAUAAUUGUUUUUGGGCACUGCUGUUCCGAGAUGAGAUGUUCCCCAGAUCAUUUCUAUACAAAUAUAAAUCUAAAGAGUUGUUCAACUAUUUUAUUAACUUAGAUUAUAUCAAUAAAAUAUUUGUUGUGUGUAGUAAGACUCUGCAGCUUUAAUAAAAAUAAUGAAAGA